AUGAAGCGAAAUGCAGAAAAGAACAAACAAAUAUCACUUGGUGCAAUAGUUAUGCCAACAUACGAUAUACCACGUCCCUCUCAAGAAGCCGUUUUACGAUUGGAAUCUUGGUACCACGGUUUGCUGACCAGGUUUCGAUCCGAAUGUCUUGUUCAAUCCGAAGGAGAUUUUUUAGUUCGUGAUAGCAUUUCAUUCAAAGGCGAUUUUGUGUUAACAGUAUUUUGGAAUGGACGCGUCGUGCAUUUUCAAAUUAACAAAGAUAUGUCACCUUUCAGCUCAAGUGGAUUUUUUUUUCAGUUCGAAGAGGAGCAAUUCGAAAAUAUACCAGAUUUGGUGACAUUUUAUCAGGCACAUAACAAGCCAAUCACUCGGACUAGUGGUCAAGAGCGAUCGUUGACUCAAAAGGUUCUAUCAAACGAAACACGAAAACAGUUGCAGUUAAAAGCAGGGCAACCAUCAUCACCUGCUUCACUGGUACCAUCUAACGAUAAACCACAUUUCUCGUUAUCGGAUUUGCUCAGUCGACCAUUACCAAGACCAAUUGGAUCACCUGUUAAGGAAGAUAAAAAUGAAUACUCUGAAAUAGAUUACGAUGCUAUGGAAAAGGCGACCAUUGCAGCGUCGACCGUUCCAGAAGUUGUAAGCCCGUCAAAGUCAAAGUUGUGUUAUCAGGACCACAAAUUGUCAUUCACCUCAUUAAAUUCAGCACGUAGCGAGCUGACAGAUUCAAAUAGCGCAUUAUCGCCAGGCACAUCUGCGUAUUGCAUUGAAAUCAGCAAUCUGCAUUGGCGUAUGCCAGGUAACCACGACUAUGAUCGACCAAGGGCAUGUGCAGCCAUAUCCGCUACCAAUUUGCAUAAUUAUCGAUCACCAUUUAUCGAACCCAAUAAUAAACCCCAAACAGAAGAGCUAUUGGAAAAAUUCAGACAGCUGCUGUUAACGAAGAAACCGGAAAGUUGCGCUCAGCUAAUAACUACUGAAGAUUAUCGAUUACUAAGACUUGGAAAAAACUUGCGGGCACCAAUCAAGGAAGCAGCGAAAUUCGAACAGUUAAAUGGAUUAUUACUUAUUUUGUUGCCACAUGGAGAAAAUGUGCGGAAUGAUCUCCUGGAAAGACAGCGUUCGUUGCAUUAUUUGUGCAUUUUGUCCAUAUUGCACCAGGCCCAAUGUACUCAACGUUGGGCCAUAUAUAACGCCUGGGUGCAAAUUGCUCGUGCCUUACUUUAUCAGUUUGGUAAUGCAUUUUCCAUCCUUACGCUUCUCGACGCAUUAUGUUCAGAUCUCGUAAAAUCUGUUCUUUCCGAAGAGUACACGUGGACAUUGCAGCAAGAGCUGGAAUUGGUAGCAUACAGAUUGCACCGGUGUGAACCAUUACCACUUAGCUAUCCACAAAUAAACAUACCAUUUAUGCAACCACUCCUCAACAUUUUUUCAAAUAACCCUUUUUCCCUCGAUGAUACGUGCAACGCUAUGACGUGGGCAACAGAAGUGGAUAAUUUGUGGAAAUGGCUUCAAGAAGGUCGACAUUGGGUCAAAAGAGCUGUCCAGCUGGAUGCAAACAAUUCGAAUUUAUGCAAGGAAGAGAUAUCCCACGGCGAGAACUUCCUAAGCACAGAAUUUAGUCUGAAAGUGUUGUUUGGAUCGAAAGGCCUUCCGAUGAAUAUUGAGAAACGAUAUGAUAAACUAGCUGCAAUGGCGCAGGCUCUGAAGGAACGUUGCAGCCUUCACCACUGA